UAAUUUCCUACUUAAUUUUUUUAUGAGAAAAAAAUCAGUAUUAAUCACACGAGUGCUAUUUUAAAGAUUACGUUAAAAAGUUAUUUUAUUAAUGCUUUAAUUUCUUUAUAUUUAGGCCUGUUUUAUUUGAUUUAUUCGAUAUACAUCUCCAUUAUCCGGUAUUUCUCAUGUAACGUAAAAUGAUAAUUAUUUUGACGUUGUGAUUGGAUAACCAAUGAAGAACAUGGUGAUCAUUGGAUGUUUCCGAUCUCGCCGGUCGGCGAGAAAUGUCAGACGACGUGGCCGCUGAUAGAGUAUGGUGGGCUGUGCAAAUACAUAAAGUGGCGAUAUCAUCUUUGCAUUUUCGAUAUGUCACGCAGUGAGAUUCAAUAAAGCGAAUAUUGCGUCGCGAAAUUAGACUUUUCGAUCGUGUAUCAAUCGUUCCGCAUACGCACAACGUUCGCAACAUGGGUCUGUGCAAGUGUCCGAAAAGAAGAGUAACAAAUCAAUUUUGUUUUGAGCAUCGUGUCAACGUUUGCGAACACUGCAUGGUGACGAGCCAUCCUAAGUGCAUAGUACAGUCAUAUUUGUUAUGGCUCCACGACCAUGAUUACAAUCCAGUCUGCACACUGUGCUCCGGCAAAUUGAGCGAUGGCGACUGCGUUAGAUUGACUUGCUAUCACAUGUAUCAUUGGGUGUGCUUGGACCGAUAUGCCAGAGAUUUACCGGCAACUACAGCACCGGCAGGAUACACCUGUCCUGCUUGUAGAGCAUGUAUCUUUCCACAGCCCAAACUUGUGUCACCGGUUGCAGACGUUUUGCGGGAAAAAUUGGCUGCGGUAAAUUGGGCUCGGGCUGGUCUUGGCUUACCAUUGCUAAGCGAUGACCGAGAACAGAAACCAGAACAGGAGCGUCCUUUAAUAACAGCAGAAAACUCUCUAUUCCAAAAUCAUACUGCAGCUGCGCCAUCAUCACCCACAGUGGCUAUGUCUCGCACAAACAGCACUAUCAACUCGAAUUCCAUUGUCAGCAAUGUGCACACAACUAAUCAGAAGCUUGGUCCACCUUACUCUAUUGUGAAUAUAGACUCAUCUCUGGGGAUGUCGACUUCAGCAUCUAGGAAAGUGUGUGAGGCUUACGAUGAUCCCAAGGACAUUUCCUUUGAUCAUGACGAGAACAAAUAUCAGCGAAAGUCCGCCAUAGAAUGGUUUCUAAGAUGGUGGAAGCUGAUAUUGAGAGCGCCAGUACGACGGAAAACCGCAGGAUCCUUGUACAAGAGGUAUGCAGUAAUGACUGUUAUUGGUAUAUUAUUCUUUGUCGGGAUUAUUUUACUGUUCUCUUGGCUGGGUGGAAUGGCGACGGACGGUGAUCCGAGCUUCGACGUGAUAGCGAAUCCUCAUGUGAAGAUCGGCGAGAAGUUAUAGUUUAAAAGAGCGUAAUAUGAUAUAUUGUUUAUUACGAGUGGCGACAAUCGUUGACUGCUAUGUGAAACAAAACAAAAAAACAAUUUCCGAGAGUGCAAGAAGAUACUAUAAGAGACAUGAAUGCAAUUGCAAUAUGUGAAAAAGCGUAACUUUGUGAAGCA